GUUUGUCUAGUUGUCUGUGUCUCAUUUACCACAUUUCUCUCUAAUUAGUGGAUUUGAAGAUCGUGUCUGGCAGAUUCUAUCUGAUUUCUGAUCAGAAGAGGAAGAAAGAGAAGAGAAAAGAAACAUUUUUUCCUCUCUCUCUCUACAAGAACUAAAGGAGACAGCUUUAUCUCUCUCUCUGUUCAGGUUCUGGGUUUAGAGAGAUCUUGUAUGUUGAUUUUGUGAUCAGAGAGAGAGAGAGAGAUGGGAGGUUGUGUGUCAACGCCCAAGAGCUGUGUGGGAGGUAAAAUAAGGUCAAGCAAGAGGAGAAAGACUCGGACAAGACGAAAGAUUCAGAAGAAGAGAGUUGUGUCUUCUUCUCGCUUAUCUGAUGGAUCUUUCGAUAAUCACGAUCGUUCUUUCUCUAAUCCCACUUUCAGAGCAAGCGUUGAUGAAGCAUGGUUUGAUUCCAACCUCGCCUUUGAAACCGACUGUGACGAUGAUUUUCACAGUGUUCAGGAAGAUAUGUUGUCUGUAAAUGGAGGUGAGCGUAUCUCAGUAUCGAGUAUGUCGUCUGUUAAAGACUCAAACCUUGGCGGUUCUGCACGGAAUUCUCUAAGCGAUGGUCCCAAGACUUCCAAUUCUCACUCAACCGUAGAUGAUGUCAUCUCACAAUCAAAAUCAGAGAGUACUUUGACUGACACUAAGCAGCCUGUUUUUAUCGACGAGAUAUCUUCAAAUGCUGAUGAUAGCUCUAGAAAAGAUGAAGGAUUGUUGGAAAACUGCGGGAUUCUGCCAAGCAAUUGCUUGCCUUGUCUUCAUUCGACUGUUCCUUCUAUUGAAAAGAGAAGAUCUUUAAGCUCUAGCCCUCCAAGUACGAGGAAAAAAGCUGCGCUUAAACUAUCUUUCAAGUGGAGAGAAGGACACCCUACUGGUCCUUUAUUUUCUACAAAGAUGCAGUUGCAGAGACCAAUGGCAGGUUCUCAGGUUCCGUUUUGUCCCCUUGAAAAGAAAAUGUUCGAUUGCUGGUCUAUCAUUGAGCCUGGUAGUUUCCGGGUUCGUGGCAAAACUUAUUUCAGAGAAAAGAAGAAAGAGUUUGCACCAAACUAUGCUGCAUAUAAUCCAUUUGGUGUCGAUGUAUUUUUAUCUCAACGUAAAAUAAACCAUAUAGCGCAAUACGUGGAGCUUCCUGUUAUUAAUACCACCUCGACCAAGCUCCCAUCAAUACUUGUUGUAAAUGUUCAGAUUCCAUUGUAUCCAGCUGCAAUCUUUCAAGGUGAAACUGAUGGAGAAGGAAUGAAUUUUGUUUUAUACUUUAAACUUUCGGAUAAUUAUUUAAAGGAGCUUCCACCUCAUUUCCAAGAAAGCAUUCAGAGAUUAAUAGAUGAUGAGGUUGAGAAAGUUAGGGGAUUUGCUAUGGAUACAAAUGUACCAUUUAGAGAACGAUUAAAGAUAUUGGGGCGUGUUGCAAAUGUAGAUGAUCUCCAGUUGAACGGUGCAGAGAAAAAACUCAUGAAUGCUUAUAACGAAAAACCCGUGUUAUCACGCCCACAACAUGAGUUCUACUCGGGUGAAAAUUACUUCGAGAUUGAUAUCGAUAUGCAUAGGUUCAGUUAUAUAUCGCGGAAAGGAUUCGAAGCAUUUCUAGACAGGCUUAAGCACUGUGUUCUUGAUGUUGGACUCACAAUUCAGGGGAAUAAAGCAGAGGAACUACCAGAGCAAAUACUGUGUUGUGUCCGGUUAAACGGGAUUGAUUACAUGAAUUAUCAUCAGUUAGCUCUUAGUCAAGAAUUCCUAUAAUCAUAGUGAACACAAAAUUGUGUUUUCUUUAUUCUUUUUUCCUUCUUUUGUUGUUACUCAAGAACACAAAAUCUAAGGGCUUUUUCUCCAUUUGAAGAACACAAUAAUGAAAGGGAUGAGUAUAUAGAAAUA